AUGACUUGGCGACGAAGCCUGAAGGUCCUCACCAGUCAACUAAGUCGCGUUGUUGUCGCGCUGCUCUCUCCCCGGAUGGACCGUGAGACGAGUCUAAGCAGUGCUUAUUGGUUUAAGCGCGAACCUACUAGCCGUAAGGUCUAUGGUUCGAACACAACUUCUGCAUCUCGACCGUUCCUGUCUAGGCUUGGGCAACCUGGUAGUAUCCCAGCACUCGUGCUUCCUUCGGGUGGCGUGGCAGCCAAGUACCGAAAGGCUUAUAAAAACCGCGGGUUCAAUCGCUCUCUUGAGCAUGAGCAGGUAAAGGAUGGCCGAAUGAAAUGCUCUCCAGAUCUGUUGGAACUGACCAUUCAUGAUGGAAAAAAUCCUUCAAUGAGUCCUACUCCAGGCCAAAAUUAUCUGUUACGUUCGGAGGUUAUGAAGUUACCAACCUCUGUACUAGGCUACUUUGUGAAUGACGAGUGUCAUUUAAUUCCACUUGUUCGCGAUGCACUUGUCAUGGACACAGUGAAGGAGGUCAUGAAAGAAAAGUCACGUGUCCCUGAAAGCCAAGACCACGCAAACACGUCCCAAACACCAACUACAAGUACAGUUGUAUCAGCUCGUCUGAAAUCGAACGAUCCGGGUAAUCUGCGUGGCCAGAUCGGCGUCCGUCGAAGACCAACGGAUAACGAUCCUGACGUUUUAUUCCGACAACAACAACAUUUGGCCCCGUGGCAUCCCGUCCGUUACAAACGCUUCAUGCCCAGUGAUGCCUUCGAAAACCGUAUACCACUGCUCUAUCCCUAUGAAGAUAAUGAGCUGACAGCUCGAGGAACUAGUGGUCCUCGUCAAGAUGCGUAUACAACAACACUGCUGUCGUCACUAGCUCCUGUUCCUACCACGCAUGGUCGCGUUGAACCCGUGAAUCCGCCCACUAUGGAGGAGCUGCUGCAGAGCAUCAUGAUGAAAGUGCAUGUGAUUCGGUUCAACAAACUCGUGGCUUGUGUUCGUGAACGCUUCAGUGAUCCACAUUCGGUCACAAACGCUGCUGUUUUGCAGCAUCUUCAGAAGGUGGCAGUCCUCAUCCGUGGUUGGUGGGUCGUUAAAAGCGAACUUCUCUAUCCGCCUACGAUGUACAGUGAACACGCGGCUGUCCCAAGUUCGCUGAUGAUUCGAGCACGGGACUACAUUUUGGCUGUGUUUCAUCGUGGCGAACACCUAACCAGAAAGACCAUAUCUUCGAUGACCAAGUUGCCUGCCUUGGAAGCAACAGAGAUAUUGAAGCUUGUGGCCCGGAAGAUGAACGCCACUCAGAAGGGGCACGUGAAUCACUGGGAAUUCCAUCCAUUGGAUACUGACUUCGUUCGCAAGUAUCCAGAUGUGGUUCAACAACAACACCUUACCUGGGAAGCACGAAUUCGACAGCUUUGUGGACAGCUGAAAUUAGAACGUCUUGUUUCAGAUGGAACACGUCGGAGGCGUCGCUGUUCCGGCCGAAUCUCUUCCGAAAGUGAGUCUGAGGCAGAGUUGGAAAUCCGCUCUCUAAUUUCGGGGGUUCAUGUCUCCUCAGGUGGAAGAAAAACACCCACAACCUCCCGACGGCGACGUCAGCUCAGUCUUUCACAAACUUCAGAGUCGGGUGAUAAAUCUGAAUCGAACGUAUCGUGCCAACCGGCUAGAAAGCGCGCACGAACUCAGAGCUUGUCUGCCACAUCAACCGUGGUUUCCCCGAUUCAAAUGCCACAGUUACAGUUGCCCAGCAAAGGCAUUGAACCGCGUAUACCCACACCUGAUCCCCACACCUUCUCUGUUCCAACCAGCCCUCCGGUCUCGAAAAUUCUCUCUCCACCCCUCACAUCACUAACGACAACCCCAAUCAGUAAGCAGCAAGUACUCCGCAAGAAAACCACACCUCACCGCGAGUCUCCAAUUCUUCAAGCAGUAUCGCCAGUUAAUCCGGAAACGAGUGAAACUGUCUGUUCAUCUCCAGUCUGCAAGCCGGAACCGACCAGUCCUUGUGUGCGACCAGUUCCCGGAGAAGUGGAUGGAAUCGCUUCAUUCAUACUUUCCGUCAAGGAAGAGCCUAUGGAUCUGAAUCACGUGAACGACUCCCUAUCGAAUCCUCCCAAACAUCCCGCACCAGACAGCCGGCUCGUUGCAUUUGUGCAGGAAAAACUAAGCAUGGUCCCGAUUAUCAGUCUGUCUGCUUUAGCUAAAAUCACUCAGUCAGCGAACUUCCUUCAGGAGCUUCUUGCAGAUGAGGAACCACUUCCACCACCAGGUUCGGAAGCAGAACGGGAGCUGCUCAAACCGAAAAUCUUGGAGGCUCUCAGCCACACUGACGCAAGACAGCUGCGUGUUGUUUGGCCGACAUCUUCUGAUGCCCGGCCAGAGGAGCCACUUUUCGCCACACGUGUUGCUGGCAAUGAAUGCGGAGCUGUCUCCGAAGAUCGACGAAUGCUCCGGGAUGCGAUUUUUGACGUCUUCGAACAGCAAUCUUCGUUCCGGAUGAAGGACCUACAGGAACGGCUGACAGAGUUAUCUUUGAAUGGGCUACCGAGGAACACUAUCUGCUCAAUGCUCAAGAAUCUGUGUGUGUACAAGCGGUCCCGGUAUUUUCUUCGCCCUACGGUUGUGGAUUGAGUUAAGCCUUCUCCCUAUUCCCGUGUAAAUAAAAGCCG